GCUGUUCCCCUACCAAGCAAGGCGCUCUCUUUUCUCAUAACACACCUCUGUUGUCCUCCCCCUCAUCUCCCUCAGUACUGCCACUAUGGACCCUAUACCGGUAAUUGUAAAGCACCAGGGCAAGAAACACGAAGUCGAGGUCGACCCGAGCUCAAACGGCGAGACGUUCAAGUAUCAGCUAUUCUCUAUUACCGGAGUCGAACCCGAGCGCCAAAAGAUCAUCGUCAAGGGCGGGCAGCUCAAGGAUGACGCGGACAUGUCGAAGCUGGGCCUCAAACCCAAGCAAACCAUCAUGAUGAUGGGCACACCCUCAGGGGACAAUACGAACGUGAUCGAGAGGCCGAAGGAGAAGAUCAAGUUCCUGGAAGACAUGACGGAGGCGGAGGCAGCCCAGUCGGAAGGGGCUACACCGGCUGGUUUGCAGAACCUAGGCAACACAUGCUACAUGAACUCCACGCUUCAGACGUUGCGCUCUAUACCAGAGCUGCAGGACGAGCUUUCGAAGUACUCUACUAGCAACGCCGGACCUAGCUCAGCAAGCCAACUCAGCCAGUUUGGGCUCGGUGGCCUCGGCGCGUCGAUGGACCUAACGGCAUCCCUCCGCGAUCUUUUCAAGCAAAUGUCCGAGACACAGCAGGGCUUCCCGCCCUUGAUGUUCCUGAACGCCCUCCGGGCCGCCUUUCCACAGUUCAGCCAGAAGGCAAAGGAUGGACAAGGCUAUGCGCAGCAGGACGCGGAAGAAGCUUGGUCGCAGAUCCUUUCCCAGCUCCGACAGAAGCUUAAGAUCAAGGAGACCUCAUCAGUGUCAGACGAAGACCAGGCUAAGGACCUCUCCUUCAUCGAUAAGUACAUGGCCGGCAAGUUUGAGUCGGUCAUGGAGUGCGACGAACCCGCGGCGAAGGAGGGUGGAGAAGAGCCGGUACACAGCGAAGAUUUAUUCUUCAAGCUCAACUGUCAUAUUAACGUGGAAACGAACCAUCUCCGAGAUGGACUGGCUGCCGGCUUGAAGGAGCAGAUCGAGAAGCGCUCAGAGGCGUUGGAUCGAGACGCCAUGUACACGAAGACGUCACGCAUCUCCCGCCUUCCUAAAUAUCUUACAGUGCACUUCGUACGCUUCGAUUGGCGGAAGACGACCAACAAGAAGGCCAAGAUCAUGCGCAAGGUCACCUUUCCGGAGGAGCUAGAUGUCCUUGAGUUUUGUACAGAAGAGCUGAAGAAGCUCUUGAUCCCUGUCCGAGACAAGAUCCGCGACAUCAGGAAGGAAGAGGAGGAUGUGGAACGAGCCCGCAAGCGGCAGAAGCGCAUAAAAGCUGGCGAGGAGAACGACGCCGGACCGUCCGUCAGCAAGGAACCUCUACAGAAGAAAGCUGAGGCGAAGAAGGCUGCCGAAGCCAAGUCGGAGGACACGGAGAUGAAGGACGUGGAGUACAAGACGGAGGCCCAGAUUGAGGCAGAACGCGCGGCGUCCAUCUUGGCCGCGAAGAAGGAGCUUCUCGCACUUGUAGACCAGAAGCUCGCUGCCGAUGAAGGGGCUAAUCAGACGGGUCUCUAUGAGCUUAGGGGUGUCAUUACGCAUCAAGGCGCCAGCGCUGAUAGUGGACACUACACUUCCUUCGUCAAGAAGCAAGGCCCCAAAGACCCUAUCACGGGCAAGAGGAAAGAAGAAGACGGCAAGUGGUGGUGGUUCAAUGAUGACAAGGUAUCCGAGGUCGAUUCCGACAGGAUCCAGACCUUGUCCGGCGGAGGUGAGUUAGCCGCACGCUCUCCCCCUACAUUAGCUGACAUUGCCCAGGCCAGAGCCACUCAGCGCUCAUUCUUCUCUAUCGCGCCGUUCCCCUGAGCACCAUAGAUGAGGAGAACAAGGCAUAGACGUAAAAGGCCCUCUGCUGGACGGUCACAUUCUAGGUGCAAGUAGGUGUCUUUCUGCU